CGUUCCUCGUCCCUCUUUAAAACCGCAGCCCGAGCCCCUCCUCUCCAGGACUCGAUGUUUCUUUCGAUUAAACAAUCAUUCUCUGGAACGAGGAAAAAAAUGACAUAAAUCGAUUUCAGUUUCAGUUUAUUUCUGUCUGUGUCUGUACUUGGAAUUCGCUAUGUCUGAAACUAGAGAUAUGGCGAUGAUAAAGUUGUUUGGGAAGACGAUAACAUCGUUGUUUGGAGAAGCGAAUCAUGAUGAUGUUCCGUGUAGAUUUCUCGAGAAGGAGACUUCUCCAUCUUCGUCUUCCUCUUGCUUUCCUCCGUCCGGAUCAGACAAGGUGAUGAAUCUUAUUGCAGAUGAUAACGAGCAAGACAACAUCAGCUCCAAAUGUCUGCUGAUAUCUAUCGAUCUCAACGAUGAGCCGAAAGAGACCUCAUCGCCAGAAAGCUCAGGGAACAACGGAGAUCAGAACAGUGAGGUGACGACCAUGACAAGUGCAUCACCAGAUAAAACAGCCAUGAACAAACCAGGCGAGGUCCUGCCAUGUCCGAGGUGCAAGAGCAAAGACACAAAGUUCUGUUACUACAACAACUACAACAUGAACCAGCCACGUCACUUCUGCAAGAACUGCCAGAGGUACUGGACCGCUGGUGGAUCCAUGAGGAAUGUCCCCGUUGGCUCAGGCAGACGCAAGAACAAAGGUUGGGCCUCUUCUCCAGAUCAAUACCCGCAGUUCAAUUCUGAUAAUAACAACAACAACUCGACGACAAUUCUCAGAUUCGGGUCAUCGGGUUUCAUGGUAUCCGAUUCUGGUAAAGACUGUAAAGGUGAUGGGAAGGUAGCUUCUGAUUCUGCUUCACAGAACGCCAAGAACUAUCACCAGGGAUUUCUUGCUCCGCAAGUAACAUUUCCCGUUCCUCCUCCUUGGCCUAACCCUAAUUUCCACCCUUUCCCAUUCUUUUGGAGCUGCACAGUUCCAUUGGGGUCUCCAAACGCUUCCCCAUGCCGAGGGAAAAGGACAAGGGAUGAAACUUCACUAGAAACCGAAAGAGUAUCCAAAGAUUCUGACCGGAAAAGAGUGGUUUCAUCAGAAUCUCCGAGAGUAGACGAACCAAGGUCUAAGUCAGCGAUCAGACCGGAGAAGACAGGCAAGGGCAAGAACAGUACGGUCAAGUGGUCGGAACCAAAGGUUAACAACGGAAACUUUGCGUUUGGAUCAUCUUUGUCUAUGCAUGCCAACCCUGCAGCUUUUGCUCGAUCCAUCAAAUUUCACGAGAACAAGACGACAAACAUCUGAGUCUAAAAUAGAUUUUUAAAAAAAAUCCAAGAACCGAUGGAGAGAGAUCAGAUUCUCGUUACCUUGUGGAACAAGAAAGCUAUGUAGGCUAUUUUGUUAGACAAUAACUCUGUGAAAGGUCAACA